AUGGCGCGCUACGAUCCGUUUUCACCUACGUUCGACCAUCCUCUUCUCAAUUCCAGCCCGGACUACGGUUCUCGACAUGGUUUUCGACCCAGUCGUGCCAUCGGGGAGAUAGGCUUAGUAGACCCUCAAAUGUCUUUUAGGGAGCGAAAUAAACGUCUGAGAAGCCUUGACGAUGAAAAGAAUCAACUAAUAGAGGAUCUGUUGUAUCAACUCGAAACCACCCAAAACCAGCUCGAUCGCCUACAACUGGACCACAGCCGAGAAGUUGCCUAUAACAGAGAUAACCAAAUUCGAGAAUCCUCUUUAAAUGAACAAAUACUUCAAGUGAAGAAGAUUAUGGAUCGGAAUCCCUUCAUCACCGUUCUGAUCGAUGGCGAUAAUAUACUAUUCACGAAAGAGUUAUUGUACAAGGGUGAAAGAGGCGGGAGGGAGGCCGCAAAUCUCAUUUUUGACAUGGUUCACACGUUCGCGACCAACAAUCUCCAUCACCUCGACUCACCCAAGAUUAUCGUACGAAUCUAUGCCGAUGUUAGGUCCAUGUCUGAGACACUUGUGAGGUGCAAAAUUAUUGAACGUCCUCUGAUGUUUGAGGAAUUUGUUCGUGGCCUCAACAGCGCUCAUCCGCUCUUUGACUUCAUUGAUGCAGGAGCGAGACCUAAUGCCACCAAAGAAAAGCUCAGCGGACAAUUCCAGACAAGCUUGUAUGACUGUCACUGUCAUCAGGUUAUAUUAGGAUGCUCCAGUGACGGCCACUAUGCGUCUUUGCUCGAAGAUACGACCAAAGAUAGCACGGUACUGGAUCACAUCACCCUAUUGGAGAGCAUUCCAUUUGAGAAAACCCUUGCCGCAGUGAAAGAUCGAUUCAAAACCAUCAAGUUUGACAACGUAUUCCGCACAACAAAGCUUUGCAACUCACAGGCUUUGCCGAAAGGUCCAUUGCAAGCGGUCACUGCAACAUUGCCAGCACUUUCACGUGUCGAGUCCAAUACCACGAAUGGGACGGCGUCAAGCUCAAGCACUCCAGCGAUGACCUGGGCCAGUCUUACAGCCCAGCCUGCCCCCGCCGCAGCUGUUCCUGCACCGAAGGCAGGCAGCACCCGGACGUCCACGCCGACCUCGUUGAAAAGCCCAGAACCGAUCAGCGCCGCAGCGUCUAGUGGAAAAGUCAUCGAUCGUAAUCGUCUAGGCCAGAGAAUCGACAAGGUCGACUCCACCAUACCGAACUAUGAGAUCCAGAGAAUCAAAAAACUCAAGCUGUGCAAUAUUUACUAUCUUCAAGGCCCGGAGUAUUGCACUUCAAACAACUGCUCACAUUCUCAUACGUAUCCUUUGUCUAAAGGAGAGCGCAAUGUGUUACGCGAGGUUGCACGAAUGACGCCAUGCUAUUAUAAGAUGGAGUGCUCCGACCCAGAUUGUAUUUAUGGACACCGGUGCCCGCAAAACGAUCCAAACCGACAAGAUUGCUGGUAUGGCGAUAAAUGCAGAUUUAUCGGAUUUGGUCAUGGGAUAGAUACCAGAGUGGUCAAGACCACGAAGGUAUAG